AUGACUAAGAAUUCAUACUUUGUAUGGGAUAAUGAGACGGUGAAGGCAAGCCAGUCUGACUUAGUAUUAAACAAGUAUAUUAAGAACAUGGGCAAGGCCAUACCAGUGUUGCUAGUAACAAUCCUUGUAGUAGAAGGAAUUGCUGUUGCACAGAAGACACAAGGUGGGCAAAGUAUUGGAGUAAACCGAAUUCCUCCUACCCAAUGUGACAAUUGGGUACGGACAAGCAAUGGAGGACAUUUUGCUUCACCAAACUACCCUAACAUGUACCCACCAAAUCAAGAGUGCAUCUAUAUAUUAGAAGCUGCUCCACGACAAAGAAUUGAGUUGACCUUUGAUGAACCUUAUUACAUAGAACCCUCAUUUGAAUGUCGGUUUGAUCAUCUGGAGGUUCGAGAUGGACCUUUUGGUUUCUCCCCUCUCAUUAAUCGUUACUGUGGUCUGAAAAGUCCUGCACUAAUUAGAUCAACAGGGAGAUUUAUGUGGAUCAAGUUUACUUCUGAUGAGGAGCUGGAAGGAAAGGGAUUUCAAGCAAAGUACUCAUUUAUACCAGAUCCUGACUUCACUUACCUAGGAGAUUGCCAAUUUGAGCUCUCAGGAGCUGAUGGAAUAGUACGUUCCAGUCAAGUAGAACAAGAAGGAAAAACAAAACCAGGACAAGCAGUUGACUGUAUAUGGACAAUUAAAGCUACUCCAAAUGCUAAGAUUUACUUGCGAUUUCUCGAUUAUCAAAUGGAGCAUUCAAAUGAAUGCAAAAGAAACUUUGUUGCUGUAUAUGAUGGAAGCAGCUCUAUUGAGAACCUGAAGGCCAAGUUUUGCAGCACCGUAGCAAACGAUGUCACACUGCAGACUGGGACAGGUGUGGUACGAAUGUGGGCAGAUGAAGGCAGUAGACUAAGCAGAUUCAGAAUGCUGUUCACUUCCUUUGUGGAUCCUCCCUGCUCAGGCAACACUUACUUCUGCCAUAGCAACAUGUGCAUCAAUAAUUCUUUAGUCUGCAAUGGCAUUCAAAACUGUGCAUACCCUUGGGAUGAAAAUCACUGCAGAGAAAAGAAAAAAACUGGAUUGUUUGAACAAAUCACCAAAACUCAUGGAACAAUAAUUGGCAUCACAUCAGGCGUAGUUUUAGUUCUUCUCAUCAUUUCAAUUCUAGUACAAGUAAAGCAACCUCGCAAAAAGGUUAUGGCUUGCAAGACUACUUUCAAUAAAACUGGAUUCCAGGAAGUAUUUGAUCCUCCACAUUAUGAACUGUUUUCACUAAGGGACAAAGAAAUUUCAGCAGAUUUGGCAGAUUUAUCAGAAGAACUUGAAAACUAUCAAAAACUGAGACGCCCUUCAACAGCUUCCAGAUGCAUUCAUGACCACCACUGUGGCUCCCAGGCCUCUAAUCUUAAACAAAGCAGGACAAACCUCAGCUCCAUGGAACUUCCCUUUCACAAUGACUUUGCACAGCCUCAGCCAAUGAAAACAUUUAACAGCACAUUCAAGAAAAGUAGUUACACUUUCAAACAAGGGCAUGACUGCCCUGAGCAGGUGAUAGAAGACAGGGUGAUGGAAGAGAUUCCAUGUGAGAUCUAUGUCAGAGGAAGAGAAGAUACAGCACAAGGUUCAUUAUCUAUUGACUUUUAA